CAUACUGGCUGCAGAGAGAUGCGGUCUACGACAACAUUUAUCGCUGAUGGAGUCUGAUCAUGGAUGUGGAGUUUGGCCCUAAUGAGGAAGAUGUAAACUUCGUCUUGGCUCAAGAAUCCUCAGAGCUCCAUCAGAUCCUUAGCCGUCAGUCACCAGCAGUCAUAAUGGAGUUAUGUCAAAUGAUGCCCGGUGGUGCUGGGUUGACCAUCGACCAGCUGCUCCUCUCUAGCUCUGCAGCAGCAGCAGCCAUGUUGGACUACUUCAAGAGUGCCAGCGCUGCACAUUGCCGCCGCUUUCUUCAGAGUGUGUGUUUGUUAUGCGAGAACAUCCCCAUGCAUCUGGAGUCACGGCUCAUGUCAGUGGCAGGAUAUGCAACCAGCGAUGACACGCAGUCUCCACCAACAGAACCAGUGUCUCUGAAACACUCAGAUGGAUGUGAAAUUUCCAGCUGCAGUGUAACAGAAGAGAAGCUGCCAUCGCCUCCUGCAGAGCAGCUGUUCAUCAAACGCCCACGGAUUGAUUACUGGGAACAGUGCAUUGCUGCAGUCAUAAGUAUGCUGCUGGGGAGGUGGAAGCGACUGACAGAGCACCUGGUACAGGAUGUCCAGCUGGAGAAUGUGUGGAUCAGCCUGAGAACAGCCAGCAGAAGCAGGGAGAAACCAGACCAAACCCCUGGGUCAGCAGAUAGAGGGGGCAGAACGCCGGAGCCUGAUUUGGAUUAUGGAUCUCUGGAGUCUCGAGUGACAUUGGAGACCUUCCUCCAAGGAUGUGCAGGAAAGGUGACAGUUCUCGUGGGCCAGGCCGGAUCAGGAAAAACUCUGCUCACAUCUUGUUUAGGACAGCAGUGGGCACGACGCCUUGGCUUUAUUCCAACAUCAUACCUGUUUGUCCUGCUAGAGUUUCGUCAGCUCAACUUACUGUCACGCCCUCUCUCCCUGUCCGACUUACUCUUCCAUCUCUACCUCCCUCCCAAUUGGGGCCAUGAGGAAAAGCGAGCCAUUUUGGAUUACCUCCUUUCUAAUCCAGAGCAAAGCUGCUGGGUGCUGGAUGGAUAUGAUGAGUUUCACAGCAAGGUUGCAAAACAAGAGGUGCAAAGGGAACCGUUGGACCCGUACACACCUCUUCCUGUCGCAGACCUCAUCUCAGGGUUGUUAAAUCGUCAGCUUCUCCCAGGGUGCACUGUGGUGGUCACCUGUCGCUCACGAGACGUCAUCGAUUUGGAAGGAAUAUCAGAUAAAGUGGGGCAGCUGGUGGGGUGGGACCAGCACCAGAUCAAGGAGUAUGUGGGCAACUUCCUUGUAAAAGGUCACUCAACAAGCAGAGCUCUUGGAGUCCAGGCAAAAGAUCUCCUUCUUUCUAAUCGACACCUCCUUGCCAUGUCGUCCCUCCCUGCCCUCUGCAACAUCUGCUGCAUCUGUCUGCAGUAUUUACUGCUGGAAGGUAAAGAGGAACAGACAAGAGCUACAUCUGGAGACAGGGGGGGAGCGAGAGGAAGCGAAGAAAGGAAAGACGUCAUGGAGAAGGAGGUAAAACAAGUGCAGAUUCGAGGAGGAACAAGAGGAGGGCGCGAAGACGUAAUGAUGGACGGAACAAAUGGCAGACCCAACCUACCUCCCACACUACCCCAGAUACCCUGCACACUCACCCAGGUCUACCUCACUGUCCUUGGUGCAUAUCUGAGCCAUGACCGUGAGAAAGGAGGGAGAAAUGUCAAGCCAAAGACGGCAAGCUUUCCACACAGCACUGUGCCUGUGCUGACCACCCUGGGGCAGUAUCAGUAUGAGUUGUCUGAGCUGAGUCAGCUGGCCUGGAGAGGAUUAGAGAAAGGCAACAUCCUCUUUCUGGAAGAACACAUUCCUCAGGAGGUUCUGAAAUUUUCACUCAGGAUAGGGCUCCUGUCAAAGGUGGAGCUCAGACGGGAAGACGGGAUGGAUCUCAACGCCUACUGCUUCGUCCAUCUGACCGUACAGGAGUUUUUGGCUGCACUCAGAAUCAUGACCAGUAAUGAUGUUAGCGACGCAGAGCUCAAGAAGCGAUUCAGCCUGAAAACCCGCUGGAUGACCAGGUCAGACCAGAGGACAGUCUUCACUGACUCCCUGUACCAGUAUGUAUGUGGUCUAGCGUCCUCACACUGCACCCAGACCCUCGUUCAAUUAGCCAGGACUUCUGGUGGAACUGGAGGUCAAACUUGGGUCCAAAAACGGCAAGCCCUUGUUCUGAACCUUCUCACAAAACUGUGUCAAAACAACACCCUGACUGGACCAAAGGUAUUGGAGCUUUGCCACUGUGUCCAGGAGAGCCAAGACCACCAACUGGCCAAGCUGGUUGUGGAUACAAGAACCAACCUGGAGCUACGCAAUAUCCGGCUGAUACCUAAAGAUAUCGAUGCUCUGGCUUUUGUAGCUAACUCAGUGGGUGAUAAUGGCAUCGGUUUGGACUUUGGGGCAUGCUCAAUGGAUUUGGAGUGCUUAGAUGUUCUGCCCAGCUGUCGGUACAUUCGACACCUCAGUUUUCAUAGCCGGAAAUACGGUGACAAGUUUGCCAAGAAGCUGUCUUCCACUUUGCCUCAGUUCAAAAACUUGAGAAAACUAGAGUUUUGUGGUGCCAGCCUGACUGCCACAGGAGCAGAUAGUUUGGCUUCUGCUCUACAAAAAUGUCCAGACAUCACUGAAGUCAACCUGAGCGACAACAACCUGAAAGAUGUCGGGAUUAAACACAUAGCUGAUAUCUUUACCAAACUACCACGACUGGUCUCUGUCAUGCUGGGUCGAAACAACACCUCCCUGGCUGCAGUGGACUUCCUCAUAGGGCAGAUGUCUUCAUGUUUGAACAUCCAACGUAUUUAUGCAGAUGGGAUGAAAGAAGUGACAGUAUCUUUCUGCCAAAACUCUGAAAUGACCAGACAUAAAAGCAAGUCUAAACUAAGAAUCAGCUUGUUGAACCAGAAAUGGAGCAAGUCUGAGAUGCAAAGAGUUGCAAAAUCGUUGGCGUGUUGCCCCACCUUGUCUGUCCUGGAUCUGUCUGGAGGCCAGUGGGAUGUGGAAACUCUGAAGAUACUGACUCAGUUUUUGCCCAAGUUCAGCGUCACCAAAAAGAUCAUUUUGGAUGACAGCUGCUCUUCAGUGAAGGGUUUGGUUGUUCUGACUGCUCUGCUGUCUGAUUGUCCUGCUGUGACGCAGCUGCUUAUCAGACUACAGAGCCCUGUCCAGGUGUCUAUGUUAUUCUUUGAAGAGACACAACAACCUGCAAAUGAAAUAUCUAAAACACUCUGUCUCAGCUGCUGUGAACUGCGCCCUGCUGAUCUGCAGAAUGUGUGGAAGAGUUUGGGAACCUCUUCUGAUCUCACAGUAUUGGAUCUGUCCAGUAACUGCUUAGGCAACAAAGGUCUGAGCAAUUUGGUGGAUGCCCUGCCUCGUCUCAGCAACAUCCAAGAAAUCAAUGCCAGUAACAAUGGCAUCGGCAUGGAGGGAGUGGUGUUGCUGGCUGGUGCUUUGUGCUCCCAUAACAACUUAACACAAAUUCACAUCAGUGAUGGGGGCAGAAAGCAAGUGAUCCUGAAGUUCUGCUCUGAAAAAAGCGAUGACAAGCAACAGCUGAAGAUGUUCAGGAUCCACAACAGCAGCCUGCUGCCCACUGAUAUGACUCAGCUGUGCAGGAGAUUGAUCAAGUGUUCCUCCCGUUUGGAGUUAGAUUUGUCUCACAGCUUAUUGAGAGACGAGGCUAUUGUGAAUCUGCUAAAAGUCCUGCCCAAGAUGGUGUCACUGCAGAGACUCAAUGUCAGCCACAGUAUUAAAUCUACAGCCGGAGCUUUGAAGCUGAUCAACUGUUUGACUGGUAGUGGAAGAGUCACAGCAGUGGAGCUCAGGCCUCAGAGUGAAUCCUUCAUUCAUUUUGACGAGGUGAAAGCAGAACAAGCCAGCUGCAGGUUCACUCAUUUCAGCCUAAACAGUGAGAACAUGGAGCUACUGCUGGACAUCCUACAGCAUGGUCCCCAACUGUCUGACUUAGAUUUGUCAAGUAACCAACUCGAUGAUGAAGCAGUGAAACAUUUGGUGGAGUCUCUACCAAAGCUUAACAUCACCAGAUAUAUCAAUCUGAGCAACAACAGACUUACCCAGCAGGGGUUGUUGGAUGUGGCCAGCACACUGUGUACCUGUGACAACGUCUCUGCUGUAGAAGUUGGCUUGGGAGCUGAGGAGAGGUGUCUCAUCUGGUUCGGACAAUGCGGGGGUUGCCAAAAAACUCUGAGUAUCAGAGGGAGAAGUUUGGAACGUCACCAUCUGGUCAGAUUAGCAGAGAUGAUGUCUAACUGUCCCCGUCUGACCAAACUGGAGUUCAAGAACAACGAGCUGAAGUCAGAGUGGAUUGAGCAUUUUGUCCAAGUGUUGAACAGCAGUCAGAGAGACUGCAUUCUCAGUUUUGAGGAGCGUUGGAUCAGAUCUGUGGAAGCUGUUCGUUUGGUGUGUCGCUGUCUGGAGCUUAACAGCAACAUACGAGCAAUCAGGGUGCACCACAACACGCUACACCUGUCUUUGAUGAAAUCCACCCAACAGACUUCAGUGAGCGCUGACUCGGCAGAUCCAGCUCCAUCAAUGGCUACAGAGAAAAUAGGCCUUGUGGACUGUGAAGUACAUGACUACCAUAUUGCAGCUAUGAGCAGCAUCAUCCAGAGGUGUCCUUUACUGAGAGAGUUGGAUUUUUCAAACAACAGCCUGAGUUUAAAUGGAGCUGAGUUCCUCUGUUCUGUUCUUCCCUCACUACCAAAACUCACUUCUCUCAGCAUUGGCUCCAAAGUGGGGGUUAUGGAUGAGAAGCUCUCGGAGGCCUUGCUGCAGUCUACAGCCAUUCAGAGCUUAAAUUUAUCAGGUCAUUCCAUUUAUGACCCAGCAGCUCAGAUUAUCACCAAAGUGUUGCACCGUCUCAGAUCACUCAAUCUGUCACAUUGUAGAUGGACAGCAACUGCAGGGCUGCUGCUUGUCAAAACACUGGGACAGUGUGUCAGUCUGGAAGAACUUCGUCUGGAGUCUGUGCACCUGGUUGAGAACAGCAGAUUGACUCUGGCCCAAGCACUGAGGAAUACCCGCUGCCUACGCAGUCUCAAACUAAAUAAGAUUGCCACAGAAAUGGGACCACCAGAAACAAACGCUGUACUGGAUCUCCUAUCUUCUAUGGAGGAACUGACACGAAUGGAGGAGAUAGAGUUGGAGGGAUGGAGGAUGGCUGAUACAGGAGCAGAAUGGCUCAUCAGACUCCUUCCUAUCUGGACAGAACUCAGGAAGAUCAGUCUAUCAGACAACCAUAUCAGUGAUCAAUCAGGAGAGAAGCUGCUAGAGGCUUUGAGGAUCUGCUGUCACCUGGAGGAGCUCCAUCUGUCUAAGAACAGUCUGGGUGACCUCACUGCUGCCAAGAUGGCCCUCAUUCUGCCAUCACUAACACACCUCACUGUCUUAGAUGUUUCAGAAAACAAAAUUGGAUGUGAAGGGUCGGUGAGUCUAUCCAAAGCAAUAAUGGGCACAAAGAACCUCACCAAGAUUAAUCUGACUGCUGUCGGCACACCAGAGCUAUGUGCUGUGGUUGCCAAUCUGGCUCACUGUCCUCUCAUACAGGAUGUGGGUCUGGGGUGGAAUGGUUGUGGUGAUGAAGUAGUGUUGGAGUUAGCCAGAGUUAUGCCUCUCUGUCAGAAGAUGACCAGAAUCGAUCUGGAAUGCAACAGUGUGAGUGCUGCUGGAGUGGAGGCUCUGGUUAAAGCCUUGCAGUCAUGUCCUGCUCUGCAGCUCAUCAGGUUGUGGAAAAACACAGUCCCUUCCAAUGAAGCCCAGCAGCUCAGUCUGAAGGACAGGAGGUUGAACUUCUCACCCACCCUAAUGUGAUCUAUAUUGUUGGACCACUGAUGGCUUUCUGAUCAUUAGUGUCAGCAGAGGUGAUUUACUGCUCAAGUACAGCAUCACUUCUGAGUUUGAACUUUUUGCUCUGCAGAAUGACAAUCAGAAAGCAUGAACAAUGAUCAUACAGUAAGUGCUGAAAAGACCACUGUGUGGUCUACUUUAGAAGAGAACUCAUUUAGAUAAAGUAAAGACUGCUUUAGGAAACAAAUAUAGGACCUGUAAAAAGAAAUCAAAAGACAACAUCUAAUUUUAAGUAAAUGUUCAUGUAUGACUUUGCACUUAAAGGCCUCUAGUUGGACUUUGGCCUGUGAGAAUUACUACAGUAUAUGCAGACAGACUACGUUGUCACUUUGCACUGUGAUGUGUUUACAAUAAUUAGAGGCCACAUUCGUGAAAACACAACAAAUCAUAAACUCACAGUGAAGGAAGAGUUAAGAGGGAGGACACCUCUCUCUAUCAUUAGCUCUCAUGGUCAUUUUAGGUUGUGGUCUCUAUACAAUUUGCGUAUUUAUUUCUGCUGUUAAAAAACUGAAAUGUUUUGUUUUGAAGUUAUUUAUACUGCAUUUGUGACAUACUAAGUCACAUUUGUACAUGAAAAUAAUAUUUAACAUUGAAUGAGAACUAUUGAUUAUAUUGCUGUUUGUGGUUUCAUCACUGAUACAGUUAUGGUCUAGUUUCUGCGUACCUUAUUUUCUUUUUAUUAUAAUAUCUUCAGGUUUUGGAAUUUUAAGUUGCACAGACUGAAAUAUACUGAGCUUACUGUCUGAUGUGAAGAGUGAUGACGUGUUUUUUAAAGAUGAAUAUUCAGGUUGAAGUUUGAGUUCUCACAUGGCAAAUUACCUGUAUGCUUUACAGUCAUUUUGACUUGCACUGAUAUGCCAAAUAUAAAUUAAAAAAAAGUUUC